AUGAUGGCGCGUUUUCUGUUUUUGCUGGCAUGCGCUUUUGCUCUUCUGGCUUCUUCACUAACCUCAGCUUUAAUCGUGCAACAUUCUUUCAAAGUGCAAAACCUAACUGUCCAGCGGUUGUGCAAUGAGCAAGUAAUAACAGCAGUUGGUGGAAGCCUCCCCGGCCCAACAAUAAACGCCAAUGAGGGUGAUAUCCUCCUCGUCCACGUACUCAAUAUGUCUCCCUACAACAUUUCUAUUCACUGGCAUGGAGUUUUUCAGUUACUGAGUGCUUGGGCAGAUGGACCAGCAUAUGUAACCCAAUGUCCCAUUCGUCCUGGACGAAGUUAUACCUACAAAUUUCAAAUCACCGGGCAGGAGGGGACUCUCUGGUGGCAUGCUCACGUGUCCUGGCUCCGUGCAACCGUGCAUGGAGCACUCAUCAUCUCUCCCAGACUUUUCCAUUCUUACCCAUUUCCAAAACCCUACGAAGAAGCUACCAUUUUAUUGGGGGAGUGGUGGAAUGCUAAUGUCGUUGACGUCGAGAAUCAGGGCCUCGCCGCCGGUAUUCCCCCUAAUAAUUCCGACGCCUUCACUAUCAACGGACAGCCCGGUGAUCUCUACCCUUGCUCUAAACCAAACACAUAUAAGUUAACGGUGGUCCAAGGGAAGACCUAUAUGUUACGCAUUAUCAACGCUGCUCUCAAUCACCAGCUGUUCUUCGGAAUUGCCAACCAUACGAUGAAAGUUGUCGCCAUCGACGCCUCAUACACGGAGCCCUACACCACUGACGUGGUCGUGCUCGCGCCUGGUCACACCACCGACGUGCUCCUGACCGCUGACCAGCCUGUGGGGUCCUAUUACAUGGCCGCAAAACCAUACAUUAGCAUUAUAGGCAUACCCGACAACACGCCCACCACAGGCAUCAUCGCCUACCAGGGCUCCACGUCAGCUACUCCCAUAAUGCCGGCCCUACCGGCUUUCGACGACACGGCCGCCGCCCACAAGUUCUACACCAGUCUCUUCGGCCUUGCUGGUGGGCCCCAGUGGGUUCCGGUGCCACGUAACGUGGACGAGCACAUGUUCAUCACAUUUGGGUUGGGUCUGACGCCGUGCGGUGGAAGCGCCACGUGUGCCGGUCCUUUCGGGCAGCGAUUGUCUGCGAGCAUGAACAAUGAAUCAUUUCAACUCCCCAGCAGGUUGUCUAUGUUGGAAGCUUUCUUUUACAAUAAAAAGGGUGGGAUCUACACCACUGAUUUUCCUGACAAACCCAAGGUGGAGUUUGACUACACCAAUCCCAGCAACAGCUUCGAUCCAUCACUGCUAUUUGCACCCAAAUCGACCAAAGUGAAGACAUUGAAGUACAAUUCAACGGUGGAGAUUGUUCUACAGAACACAGCCCUUCUAGCGAUGGAGAAUCAUCCUAUACAUAUGCACGGUUUCAACUUCCAUGUGUUGGCCCAGGGCUUUGGAAACUAUGAUCCCCAAAAUGACCCCAAAAAGUUCAACCUUGACAAUCCACAAAUACGUAAUACUAUCGCCGUGCCAGUUGGCGGUUGGGCCGUCAUCAGAUUCACAGCAAAUAAUCCAGGUAUCUGGAUGGCACAUUGCCACAUCGACGGGCAUUUGCCAUGGGGGUUGGGCAUGGCUUUCGAAGUUCAGAAUGGACCUACUCUCCUGUCUAAGCUCCCUCCACCACCACUUGAUCUACCGCAAUGCUAA